UGCGGGAGGUGUCCAGCGGUUAUUGAGUAUGGCGCUCACGCCGAUUGGCCCACGGUCAACCGUCUUGUCAAUGAGCACUGGGCCACCUGUCCAUCCCGGCUCAACUUUCAUGGGCUUGCACCAUCCCAUCCUCCUUCUGAAACCCAUGACACACGAAACGCACCGAGUCCUCCACAUGACUCUACCGAGAACAUGGGUGUCACUGACGGCUGUCACAUCGUGGGCUGUAGCAAGCAAAGAAGAAACGAGGGCCAGCGGAAACAAGAGCUCGAGGACGACGGGUACACCUACAAUGUACGACCCAUAUCCGUGAGGUGUCGCGGGUGCAAAAAGGAUAUCAGCCUCGACAAGCGCUCGAGGUACUAUCCCGGAUUAUGGACAAAGCACAGAAACAAAUGUCCAGGUAUCCAAAAAAUAGAG